AUGAAGGCUGUGUGGGAGACCUGGGCCGUCGCGAUCUACUGCUUUUUUUUCGUGGCCCCUUUCCUCCACGUCGUGUACGACGCACUGGAAAAAUGGAUACCCGCCGACAAGAGCCAGGCUAACGCCAUCGCCCAAGUGACCAUUGAUAGUUUGGUAGUAGAAACCUUCUUGGGGCUAACUUUUAUAGUGAUGGUGGGGUUCCUAGAGGGCGAGACAUGGGAAGAGGAUAUCGUCCCCACGAUCAAGUCCGACUACCUGACCCUAGUAGUGUGGCUAAUGGUGACCAAUAUGGUCAUGGGCCCGGCCCAGGUGUACUUGUUCGUGCACUUCCCGCUGAAAUGGCGGGUCUUAAUCGCUGACGGGAAAGGCCUCCUGUGGAAUUUCAUCGCGUGCUUCAUUGUCGAGUGA